AUGCUGUUUCAAACCGCCACCCUUCUGGCCGUCGCUGGCCUAGCGCUUGGUCACUCUCCUUACUCCCCUCCUGACAAGCCUCACGGCGACAAGUCAGGAUGGGAGACCAAGUACACAGCUACUGGUACUGCUGAAGUUGCCGCAGCUGCUGCGACUGCAAAGACCAGCAGCCCGACUAGCAAGGUUCGAGGCAAGGCAUUUGAUCGCAUUGCCAUCAUCUACUUUGAGAACGAGAACUAUGACAAGGCCUUUGGAGAUCCCAACUUUGCCUGGUUCAGAUCCAAGGGUAUCACCCUUUCAAACUACUUUGGCGUCACUCACCCUUCUGAGCCCAACUACAUGGCCGCUAUCGCUGGUGACUACUUUGGUAUGCAGAAUGAUGACUUCAACCGCAACCCUCGCAAUGUCUCUACUGUCAUUGACUUGCUUGAGCACCGCGGAAUUUCUUGGGGUCUUUACCAGGAGGACAUGCCCUACUCUGGUUUCGAGGGCUUCUCUUGGGUGAACCACAAGAACGGCGCCAACGACUAUGUGCGCAAGCACAACCCUGCCGUUCUUCAUGACAGCAUUGCUUUCUCCGAGAAGCGCUUGUCGCAGAUCAAGAAUGUCUCUUUGGUUGAUACCUCGCGAUCCCUGUUCCACAAGGAUCUCAAGGAGAACAAGCUGCCCCAAUGGAUGUUCAUCACCCCCAACAUGACUUCUGACGGACACGACACCUCGGUUACUGUGGCCGGUAACUGGUGCCGCAAGUUCCUGGAGCCUCUUCUGAAGGACAAGCACUUUAUGGAUAACACCCUCGUCUUGAUCACCUGGGAUGAGAACGAGACAUAUGCCAACCAGAACCACAUUCUCGGUAUCCUCCUUGGUGAUACCGUUCCCAAGCACCUCGUUGGCACCACCGACAACAACUUCUACAACCACUACUCUGAAAUUUCUACCGUCCAAGCCAACUGGAACCUCCCCACUCUUGGACGAUGGGACGUCGGCGCCAAUGUCUUCCAGCUAGUUGCCCGCAAGACCGGUGACAAGCUCCGCCGAUGGAAGUCUCAUAAGCUGGACAAGAUGUUCUACAACGUCUCUUACGCUGGUCCUUUCAACACUGCUGGAGGCAACCAUCAGUAUCCUGCUCCCAACCUGGAUCUCGAGCACAGCUUUUCUGGGCGCAAGAUUUUUGAGCCUAUUCGUAAGGAGUGGCACAAGAGCCAUUCUCCUACUUACUACAAGGAUAGCAUUGAGGUGCCGGAUGGAUUGAGUCCCCCUAAGGGUUACGAGGCUCCCAAGUCCAAGUAA